GUAUAUACCGAGAUUGUAAUUGUAUACAUAUAUAUACUGAAUUUAUGAAGAACUCAAAAGGGACACUAGCGCACCUGCCGCCCACGCGGCCGCCCCGCCCGGUGCGCCGACCAUUGCUGGUAUUCGCGUCGUCACGUCAGCGGUGGCCCUGGGCGUCCCAUUCACCAAUCCGCCAACAAUGCCCGCCUUGGACUGGAAGCAACGCACGGAGGAAGCGGCUCGGCGCCUGGAUAAGAUCAGCCACAUGCAGCUCUCCAUGUUCGGGCGCGCCUCCACUGCCACCGCGUAUGGUACCCACAUGGCCACGUAUCACAUGGAGCAUUCCGGCUUACCGCCUCCUGAGACGCUGGCCGCCUGGGAGGCGGCAGUGGCCAAGCUGGUUGACCGCAGCCAGGGCCCAUCUCAGCACGACCGGCGGCUCACCGGCGUCCCCGCCCGCCUCUUACCCGGUCACCCUGUGUCUGGGGGGUUUGGGAGUCUUCCCCUGCAGCAGCACAUUUAUGCACGUUGGGCCAAGCGCGCCGCCACCUAUGCGAGUGGAGACGGCACUACCCGCCCUGUUGCCGCCCAGGCACCGUGGCAGCGCGUAUUUGGGCAGCUGCUCCGCUCCUACCAUCCCUGCUUCCGCCCCAUGGCCCUGCUGACGGCUCGCACCAACGGCCCGUGGCUGGGCACCACCUCCCUGCCUCCCGGCCGAACAGUUCAGACAAAAUGGAACCUUCGAGACGGUGCCCCAUGCAUGACCGUACAGCAUGCAGUUCAUGCCCGCCUGGGCGCGCGCCGCCUUGAUGUCUAUGACAGUGACGAGUAGGAAGGUAGCCCGACGACGAAUGGCGGGUCAGGCGCAAAGGUCAGGUGGGUGUGGCGCAAAGGUCAGGUUUUUGGCGCCGGAGCUGACUCAGAUUAGGCGCUGGCAAGAAAGUCGAAAAUCUAGAUAAUGUCAAUGAUCUCGUCCCUGAGUGUGCUGCUUCCCGGUUGUGCGAACCGCAAGCGGGAGCGAAAGCGGCAGGGCGAGGGAGGGCCGAGGGCGCGGGGGAGGGGGAGGCCAGGGAUGGCGGAAAGGGCGGACAGGAGGACAGGCCCGAGCAUAUAGCUUGAUGUAACAGCAACAGCAAAUAAGGAAGCAAUACUUCAUACAUAAUGAGGGCAAAGAUGAGGAACCCCAGCAAGCGGGGGGAGAGAGUGUGGGAACUGUACGGUACUUGGGAGGCGGGCAUGAUUGGGUGACGCGGUGAAUGGCAAGUAAGAAAGGGCAGGAAAGGAAACGGGCUUAGCCCCCGAACAUAGUACUUGGGGCGGGCGAUGCUGAUGGGCAGUUGGUGGCCGCGUAGCGCCUCCCCGUAGCCACGCGGGUUUCACUCGGCGCCUGGGCUGAGUCCAGAAAUGCCCCCUGCUUGGGGGCACGUAUUCUCGUCCGCAGCGCCUCAGCUUGGGCACACGCUUGCGGCACGGGAGGCCAGGAGCUGGAAGGCGUGAGGGAACUCGCCACCCACGUAUGUCUAGCCAGCGUGACGCACACCCCAACCCGUAAUCUCUCGCGAUUCCCCGCGCUCAACGGGCUGGGCGUGGGACGAGUCGCACAACACUUCCGCAAUGCUCCCUGCGUUCUUUGCCGUGGACUACAUUUGCAUCAUACACCCUAUGCCAGCUGACAUGGGCUGCUUUCCUCGCGAACGCGCAAAGGUCAAUCCAUGGCGAGGCCGCUGCUUACCCCGGCGAACUUAUACCUUCCAUACAAAUUAGUGCAAUACGCGAUGACAAAUGAUAUUGCGAUGUGUUCUUGGAUUGCGGUGCUUCAGCGUGUGGGCGCGUAACGUUCUUGGGAGGUGGGAAUUCGCGGUCAACUCUUGCAACAGCUCUUUGAAAAUUCAAUAGUAUACGUGCACCCACUUGCUUCAUUUGAAAGCGUGUAGGUGCUUCAGUUGAUCGCGAAAGCUAAGCACGCCGAAAGGUCGCCCCUCGCAAACUUGCUCGCAAUUGUAAUCGCGCAUGCAA